CUUCUUUUCAAGUAAUUCAUGGAGAAUCAAACAGCUGAUUCGUUCUAUGGUAGAGCACAUGUUGUGCGGUAGUAUGCAGUAAUAUAACGCUUUUUUCUCAUAAAGUAAUGAAGUUCUAACGAAAAACUGCAUAUUUACGUGUUAAAGAAAACGUAUUGUACGUGUUCACUUGAGCGUGCAAUGAAAAGGAAAGAAUAGUAAGUUCUUUUUUAAGAAAUUUUUGUCUAAGAAAAAUGGCUGACCGUGAUAGCGCAUCUGAAAGCGACUCAAGCUCAAUUGACGGAGGACCGAUAAUGAUGCCACCGUCUCCUGUAACUAGAGAACAACUUCAAAAAAGAAUUGAAUCAUUGCAACAGCAUAAUCGAGUUCUUAAAGUUGAGCUUGAAACGUAUAAAUUAAGAGUAAAGGCGUUGCAGGAGGAGAAUCGUGGUCUUCGUCAAGCCUCUGUCAUCAUACAAGCUAAAGCUGAACAGGAAGAAGAAUUUAUAAGUAAUACAUUAUUAAAGAAAAUUCAGGCACUUAAGAAAGAAAAGGAAACAUUAGCACAUCAUUAUGAACAAGAAGAAGAAUGCUUAACAAAUGAUCUGUCAAGAAAGUUAAAUCAAUUGCGUCAAGAGAAAUGUCGUUUGGAACAAACCUUAGAACAAGAGCAAGAAUGUCUUGUAAAUAAACUAAUGAGAAAAAUAGAAAAGCUUGAAGCUGAAACACUUGCUAAACAAAGCAAUUUAGAGCAAUUACGCAGAGAGAAAGUUGAACUUGAAAAUACACUUGAGCAAGAGCAAGAAGCAUUAGUAAACAAAUUGUGGAAAAGAAUGGAUAAAUUAGAGGCAGAGAAACGAAUGCUUCAAAUAAAAUUAGAUCAACCUGUAUCGGAUCCCGCUUCACCGAGAGAAAUUAAUAAUGGUGAUACUGCUACUAGUCUAAGUACACAUAUUCAAACUUUAAGAAGCGAAGUAGCCCGACUAAGACAUACAUUGCUCAUCUCGCAACAAGAACAUACAGAGAAAAUGCAACGAUAUGUGAACGAAGAGAAACAAAUUCGUGAAGAAAACUUGAGACUUCAAAGAAAAUUGCAGUUGGAAGUAGAACGUCGCGAAGCUUUAUGUAGACAUCUUUCAGAAUCAGAAUCUAGUUUGGAAAUGGAAGAAGAACGGCACUAUAAUGAAAUCGUGAUGUCUGGUGUAAACAUAAGAAAUCGUACUGUUUCUAGCCCUGUACCGUACAAUCCUUCACCUAGUUCCUCUAGACCAUUAAGUCCAGGUAACUAUAACAAUUUACUAUUCUCCAAAUAUUAUUGUAAUUAUUUUAUACAAAAAUUUAAAUACUUUUAUGUUAUUUUAAUAGGUUCAGCGACCAGAGAAGGAUUUAAUACAAAUCGAUGUUAUGCUUGUGGUCAGCAUACUACAGUUCCAUUUGCAAGUUCAUCGCCUCCUUCCACUGCCCAUGUGGUAAUGUCUAAUAGACGCACAUCAGAUAGAUUUGUUAAACCUGCAAUUCCACCAACAAUUGUAAGUCCAACUGGUCCACCAAUCGCUGCAAACGUAACUACAAAUGCAACUGGCGGCUCACCAAUGGAUAUUACUAAAACAUAAGUCAGUUGAAUUUCUCUUAUCAUAAAUAUUUCAUCAUGUAUUCGUAUAAAAUAACACUUUUGUUGAUGCAUUUGUACUAUGUGAUUGUAUAACAUCAUCAAAAGUUAUUUUAGAAUGAAUUUCAGUUUUUAACAUUUUAAUUGUUUUACAUUCAUAGUACAGUGCAUAUAUGUUAAUUAUAAAAAUAUCCAUAAAAAAAUGAAUAUGCUAUAAAUUGCUCUGUACUUCAUAUCAAAUCGCUUAAAUAUUUCUCGUAACAUGAUACAAAGCAGUAUUUACGAAAAAAAGUAAAUAAUCACUUAUAAAUAUUUGAUCUGCUUUAAAAUAAUCUAACAAAAUAAAAGUUAAGGAAGGGAGAGAUAUUAUUAUAAUCUCGCUCUUCUAAUUUCCUUUAUACUUCAUUGUUGUUAUGACAACCUUAAUGCAUUUUUUUUUCGAUGUUUAAAUAUAGUACGAAAAAAGUUUAUCGUUAAUUUAAGUACUUAGGUGGUAAGAAAACAUAUUUUUAUAAUGGUUACUAUGUAACUUAUUUAAAUUUAAAUAUUUUCUUUUUGUUUUAAUGUUAAUUCUUGAAACAGAACUGUAUAGCAUAAUACGAAAACAUAAUAAUUUUGUAUAAAUAAUGUUUAUAACGAAAUUAGGAGAGCGAGAAUUAAUUAAAAAAUUAAUAUGCCUUGAAGAUAAAUACGCAACUGUGGUUAAAAAAGAACUGUCAACGGAAAAUGAAAUAAAAACUUUAAGCUAUCCUAAAUUAUUAUAAAUUUUUCAUAGAAUGUUCGUUAUAUUACAACAUUGUUAAAUGUUGUUGAUUUAAUUUUUUUUUUUUACAUA